AGUUCGGCUGUCAAAGCGUUAAAAACGAUGGAAAACUCGCGGGUGCUGAGGUGUACGAAUGUGGUUCUAUUACUAACCGGUUACCAAAUAUAUUGGUUCGAUAUCAAGUCACAGAGAUUCGUGUUGUCCUUGCCAGGAGCGGUUAACAUCUUUGUUCUGGGUUGUGUCUAUGCCGGUUGUUUUUCACAGCAUUUUAAUCCAAAAUCUUCGCUUUUGAAUCUCCUCCACGAUGUAUCGCCAUUCCUAUUUGGACUAACCAGAAUGCAGCUGCUCUUGGGAGUGAAGGCACUGGCCUACGCCGUUUACUCCUCGUUUAAGGCUAUUGGAGCCAUUAACUCCCUCGUGGAAUCACUUCCUCGCAAUAAUAAUGGAAUUAGCAAAGAUGAGGUCAUAGCCUACGCAAUGCUGACUUCUACGUUUGGUGUCCUUUCCUGUUUCGGGUUCUAUAUAGCCUUCGAAAUGAAGUUCGAGCUGCCUCCACUCCAGGAUGCCAUGAUCGGAGUGGCUCUGUUCAUGCCCCACUGGAUAUUGGCGGGAUCUGUGAGGUUAUAUACCAUUUUGGCCUGGUUAACUCGUGGGCAGAUGGAGCAUCUCCAGAAGAACAUAGAAGAAGUGUUAAGUGCUAAUCUGACUAAAGAGGAACCCAACUUGGCUUCCACCUCCUUCACAGUUUCUGCGAGUAACACGAGUCUGGAUUAUCUGGAAAGCCUCCGGAGAAGAUUGGAGAUACUUGGCGCCAGAUUUAAUUACAUUUUCAAGGCCCUUCAGCACUCACUGAUUUUCCUAUUCGGUCUGAACUUUAACUGCCUUUUGGGUGGUAUAUAUUCCUUUAUUUACUACCGAAAUACUUGGCAUGUCCUCUUCGAGGAUCGCAAACAAAGAAUAUUCUAUGCCGCAAAUGCUUCCAUCUAUGCCUGCAUAGCCUGUGAUUACAUAUGCCUAUUGUUUGUUCAGUUUAUGAUGGAAAAUAAGCGUUUAAGCUUUGUGAAAUCUUUGGAUAUGACUUUGUCCCCGCGAAGUGCUUUGCCGAAGAAAAUGCGUUCUUUUGUAAAGGACAUCAAAGUUAUACUUUCCAAGAAAUUUCAAUCAAAAUUUCAUUCUAUAUGGCGUUUUGAUAUUACCCACUUUAGUCUGCUUGUUUUCCUUCAAAUGAUAAUAAUAGCCUUGGUUGUGGUAUUUCUUUAUUUAAAUGAUGAAAUUAAUUUGCUGAGGGACGAAUUAAAUAGUAAAGAUGAUGAAUAAUUUUUUAAUUUAAUAAUAAAAAAACAAUAAUCAAGUAUUAAUAUUGUAUAUAAUAUUGUUUAUAAACUACCAACUGGAGACAAUUCCGACUACUAGUUUUUCAUAAACUUCCAGCCAAGGAAGAAACUCUCCUUGAGGCACUGUGGGAUAACAACACGCAAAAUGCCGGCAAAUGAACAUAAUUCGAGUUAGGAAAUCUACAUAAUAUUUACUGUGAUGCCAGCCGGCAACCACCCA